AUGUGCUCGUUAGCGGCGGGCGCUACGGGCGGCCGGGGCGCUGUGGAGGAUGAGGACCUGCCAGAGCUAUCGGACAGCGGGGACGAGGCCGCUUGGGAGGAUGAGGACGAUGCUGAGCUUCCCCACGACAAGCAGCAGACCCCCUGCCUGUUCUGUGACAGGUUAUUCACAUCUGCUGAGGAAACUUUUUCACACUGUAAGUCUGAGCACCAAUUUAAUAUUGAUAACAUGGUCCAUAAGCACGGACUUGAAUUUUAUGGCUAUGUUAAGCUAAUAAAUUUUAUUCGACUUAAGAAUCCUACAGUGGAAUAUAUGAAUUCCAUAUAUAACCCCGUGCCUUGGGAGAAGGAAGAGUACUUGAAGCCAGUAUUAGAAGAUGAUCUGUUACUUCAGUUUGAUGUAGAAGAUCUUUAUGAACCGGUGUCAGUCCCAUUCUCAUACCCCAAUGGACUCAGUGAAAAUGCAUCUCUUGUUGAAAAAUUGAAACACAUGGAAGCCAGGGCACUGUCUGCUGAGGCUGCAUUAGCUAGAGCACGGGAAGAUCUGCAAAGAAUGAAACAAUUUGCUCAGGAUUUUGUGAUGAACGCAGAUGUCAGAACCUGCUCGUCAUCUGCCACUGCCAUUGCGGACCUCCAGGAGGAUGAGGAUGGUGUUUAUUUCAGCUCAUAUGGGCAUUAUGGGAUACAUGAAGAAAUGCUAAAGGACACAGUGCGAACAGAAAGUUACCGAGAUUUUAUAUACCAAAACCCACAUAUCUUCAAAGACAAGGUUGUUUUGGAUGUUGGUUGUGGAACUGGAAUUCUUUCUAUGUUUGCCGCUAAAUCUGGUGCAAAGAAGGUUCUUGGAGUUGAUCAAUCCGAAAUACUCUACCAGGCAAUGGACAUCAUAAGACUAAAUAAACUUGAAGAUACUGUUACACUAAUUAAAGGAAAGAUUGAAGAAGUUCAUCUUCCAAUAGAAAAAGUGGAUGUUAUUAUAUCUGAGUGGAUGGGCUAUUUUCUUCUUUUUGAGUCUAUGUUAGAUUCUGUCCUUUAUGCAAAGAAGAAAUACUUGGCAAAAGGAGGCUCAGUCUAUCCUGACAUUUGCACCAUAAGUCUUGUGGCAGUGAGUGAUGUGAAUAAACAUGCUGAUAGAAUUGCCUUUUGGAAUGAUGUCUAUGGCUUCAAUAUGUCUUGCAUGAAAAAAGCAGUUAUUCCAGAAGCUCUUGUGGAAGUUUUAGAUCCAAAGACUCUUACUUCAGACCCUUGUUGUAUUAAGCAUAUAGAUUGCCAUACAACAUCUAUCUCAGAUUUGGAGUUUUCUUCAGAUUUUACCCUGAAAAUAACGAAGACUUCAGUGUGCACGGCAAUUGCUGGUUACUUUGAUAUAUAUUUUGAGAAGAAUUGCCAUAACAGGGUCAUGUUCUCUACGGGUCCCCAGAGUACCAAAACACACUGGAAACAAACAAUAUUUCUACUAGAAAAGCCAUUUUCCGUCAAAGCAGGUGAGGCCUUGAAAGGAAAGAUCACAGUUCACAAGAAUAAGAAAGAUCCACGUUCUCUCAUUGUGACCCUCACAUUGAAUAAUGCAACUCAAACUUAUGGUCUCCAGUGAAAAAGCCACAACAGCACAACUAGUGAACAGUUUUAAUGUGGGGGAUUGUGGGUAGGGGAUGUCAGGAGAGGGUUCUGGGAGGGUGAUUGUAUGUGGGCUCAUGGAUGGUGGGACCUUUCUUAAUGA